GCUAGGCCAAGAUGCCGACGUGUUGUGCACCGAACUGCAACAAAACUGAGAAAACGCACCCAAAUUUGUCGUUCUUUAACCUCCCGUGGGUUCAACAUAACAGGAUAGAGCUGUGGCUGUCACAGUUGAGGCUCGAUCAUCAACCGGGGAAAUUUGCACACAUUACUGGUUAUUAGCCGCUUAGCUAUAACCUCUCGUGGUCUGAGCGCUCCCCCGUGCUGAAGAGUCUCCUUGUGAUUAAUGCUCAUGCGUUACUAACAGGGGGACUCUGGGUACAUAGCAGACACUUACUGGGAAAUCCCCCGGUCUCAUAGAUCCCCUUCUUCUACAUAGAGGUAGCUAACAUACUUUAUAUCCUAACCCUAACCCGAACCUAACCUUAAGACAAACGUUGAUAAAAAGAUGUACACAUAUAUGUACGUUCACUGUUUUUGUGUUUCUGAGAUGUCCAUAGCAAACAUGAACACUCGGCGACAAGUUGUCGAAUGGCACAUGCUGAAGCAUGGAUACGGAUGUUUCAGACUGGACGGCAGUUUACAAAAUAUACUGGCAUCAUGCGCGUUAAUCACAAGGAGACUUUUCAGCACCGGGAGCGCGCAGACCAUCACACGAUAAAGCGUUGGCCUCACAGUUAUGAGGACCCAGGUUCAAUCCCAGACCUCCCAGUGUGGAGUUUGCAGCUUCUCCCUGCAUCUGUGUGUGCGUGUAACCUGCCUCCUGCCCGUUGACAGCUGGGAUAGGCUCCAGCACUCCCGCUAUUAAGCAGCUAAGAAAAUGGAUGGAUGGAUAUACAUGUAGGCACUUUAAAGAAGUCCCAUUUUUUUUUGCAUUUUGUAUUCCAGAUAUAAAUAAACCAUUAGAUAGGUGGAGAGAGGAGCCAAAUAUUGUUACUUUAGAAAAAUAUGACUCAAGGAAAAGUAAAAAGUAGUUCUCUGAAUAUUUACUCGAGGAAGCGUAUGGUAUGAGUAAGCGUAUACAGAAACCUACUCAAGUAAUGUAAACUCUAAUAAUGAAAAAAAAUCUGACUAUGAAUGUCAAAUAAAAUUUGAAAUAACGUAUAGGAAGUGGGAGCACGGUGGAUCAGCUGGACCUCACAGUUCUGAGGUUCCAAGUUCAAUCCCGGCCCUGCCUGUGUGGAGUUUGCAUGUUCUCCCUGUGGCUGCGUGGGUUUUCUCCAGGCACUCCGGAAUCCUCCCACAUCCCAAAAACAUGCAACAUUAAUUGGACACUCUAAAUUGCCCCUAGGUGUGAUUGUGAGUGCGGGUGUUUGUCUUUAUGUCCCCUGCGAGUGUCUGGCAACCAGUUCAGGGUGUACGCUGCGUCCUGCACAUUGACAGCUGGGAUAGGCUCCAGCAAUCCCGCAACCCUUGUGAGGAUAAGCGACUAAGAAAAUGGAUGGAUGGAUAGGAAGUGUCCUGCUAUUGGCUGACAACCAAUUCUAACCCACCUCUAGCAAUAAGAUUGCUGGGACGGUACGGAUAAUGGAUGGAUGGAGUCACUUUGAUUGGCCCAGGAAGUUGUCCGGUCAGUGACACUCAAAAUAUAACCAACGCAAUGGAGCCUCAUGCGAAAGGCAAUGAUGAAGUCUAAAAACAGAUUUCUUGCACGCAUACACACUCACACGCAUAAUUGGAUAAAGAAAGAUAGCCAGCAACAUGUCAAUCAUUGUAAUAGAGUAAAAUUAUUGAUUCUUUUUCACAUAAAUUCAGAAGUGAAAGUACAAAAUAUGGUUAAUUGAAACUACUUUCACAAAAUACAAUAUAUAGAAAAUGUUCUUUCAAUAAAUAUAACGGAGUAAAUGUAGCACUACCCACCUCUGUUCUUAACGGACAUGUGCAUACAUUGGGCUCCCAAGUUGAAUGCAAAUACUUGUUCCUUGAUCUUCCCUUGAACUAGACAGCUGCACCCAACCUCAGCAAUGUUUCUUCAUUGUGCUCUUGUGUAUUACUCUGCAUUGUUGACAUGUGUAUAGUAUAGUAUAGUAUAGUAUAGUAUAGUAUAGUAUAGUAUAGUACAGUACAGUAUGCCAUCUAUAGUAUACUAUACUUUCAAGGCUGUUAGCUUUUUAGCGCUGGAAUCCAAAGUUGGAGGAGAAGUUCUGAAAGGCUGCUGAAAUAACCAAUCAGGUUUGUGAAGAGGAGGAAGAGGCCUCUGGCAGCCAAAAUGAAGUCUAUGGUCCAUGUGUGCUGCGUUCUGGCUCUGGUGGCUCUGUCUGCUGCAGAGUCAUCCAUCCCUAAUGAGGAGCCACGGGUUCCUCUUCGGCUACAGGAACCUGAGAGGAAGCUCCUAUCCUGUCAAUGCGGCACAACAAAGGAGCAUCCCAGCCAAAGUUCAUCCAACGACACCCCAGCCCCAGACAGGCCCAUGUGUCGACCCUGUACCCCAACAGUGGCUGCAUCUGAGGAAGAGUCUGCCUCGCUCUUGCAGAAUGAAGAAGACGAGACAGCGCAGAUACCACAAACCAAGGCUUCUAAUAUUGAGGUAACAAACAAUGUAGAAGGACAGCAAGAACCUUCUCUCCAAAUCAUGGAAGAGGAAAGUCGAGAGGAGAUGAUAUUUGAUGAUCAUGAUGCACCCAUUGAGGAGGAAACAAAUAAGAACAAAGCAGUUGGUAAGGUUGUAUCUUCUUCUGCAGGAGAGUUAAUGGAUGAGGAAUACAAAAGUGAGAACGUAGAGAAUGAAUUCCAAAAAGAGGCAAUUAUCCAUGGUGCUAAUUCAGAAGAGGAAGAAAUGGUUAAGGAAACCGAGGAGGACAUUUUACUAAAAGAUGUGGACGAGGAAACUGUUAAAGGAGCUGAAUCGGAGCCAGAGGACAUUUUUGAAAUGAGUGAUGAACCUGCAAAGGCAAAAGUGACAUCUGAAACUGAAGCACAUUAUGACAAUAAAACUGAGGCUAAGUCAGGACCUGUAACAGAUUAUGACGGUAAACCAGAAGUCAUGUCAAAACCUGAAACACAUAAUGCCGACUCAGAAGUGAUAUUCAGACAUGAAACUGAAUAUGAUACCGAAAUGGAGGCGAUAUUAGAACCUGUAGCACAAUAUGAAGUUGAUCCAGAAGUGAUAGAUCCUGAAGUAGAAUAUGAAGCGAAACCAGCUGAGAUGUUAAACCCUGAAGUAAAAUAUGAAAGUCAACUUGAAAUGAUAUCAGAACCUGAAGCAGAAUAUGAAGCUGAACCCGAUAUGAUAUCAGAAUAUGAAAUAGAAUAUGAAACUCAAGCCAAAGAGACAUCACAAAGUAAAGCUCAAGUUGAACCUGAAGGAGAUGAUGAAGCUGAUCCAGAAAUGGCAGCAGAACCUGAAGCCAAAAGUGAAGUUCAAUCAGAAGUGAUAUCAGAACCUGAAGCCAAAGAUGAAGCUGAAGCAGAUGUGAUAUUAGAACCUGAUUCAGAAUUUGAAGCUGAACCAGAAUUGAUAUCAGAAUCUGAAGCCCAACCAGAAGUGAUAUCAGAUCCUCAAGCCGAAGUUAAAGCAGAUGUAAUAUUAGAAUCUGAUUCAAUAAUUGAGGCUGCAUCACAUGUGGAAUUAAUAUCUGAAGCAAAAUAUGAAGCUGAACCACAAGUGAUAUCAGAACUUAAUGCUAGAGCAGAAGAGAUAUCAGAACAUGAGGCAGUACAAGAAUCUGAAUCAGAAAUGUUAACAGAACCUAAAGAAGAAACAUCAGAAAUUACAAAUAGAGGCAUUGGACUAGAUGCACCGGAACUUGCACUUUUUUCUGUGCCGGAGGCAUUUUCAAAGCCUGAAGCAGAGCCUGAAGUUAUUCCGAAAGUAGAGGUUUUUGAAGAAGUCAAACCAGAGUUUUUUGAGGAAGCUACAGUGAAAGAUCUUGGAGAACCAACAUCUGAAGAAGCCCCUGAGGUGGAGAAAGCUCCUCUCAAGGUCAAGAAGUCUACACAGGCCAAAGGAGAGGAAAAUGAGGGUCCAGCACUGAGGGACCGUUCCCAUAUUGAAGACACACUAAGACUGGCAGCUGCUGAACCCUCAGUACAAUUGACAGCUGCAAUGAAGACGCUAUUGAACAUCUACCACACAGCCAUCAAGCCAGUGGAGCAAGCCUUCAAGUAUAAUGAACUCAGGCAGCAUGAAGUCACAGAUGGAGAGAUCACUUCUAGGCCCAUGGUUUUGUUUCUUGGACCCUGGAGUGUGGGCAAGUCUUCCAUGAUCAACUAUCUGCUUGGUCUCCAAAACACCUCACAGGAACUCUAUACAGGUGCUGAGCCUACGACCUCCGAGUAUACCGUAAUCAUGCAUGGUGAAAAGUUUCGCACCAUAGAGGGCAUUGUUAUGGCAGCCGACAGCUCCCGUUCUUUUUCACCUUUGGAGAAGUUUGGCCAGGGUUUCCUGGAAAGGCUGGUGGGCUUCGAGAUGCCCCACAAGCUCCUGGAGAGGGUUACAAUUGUUGAUACCCCCGGAAUCAUUGAGAACCGCAAGCAACAGGAGAGAGGGUACCCUUACAACGAGGUGUGCCAGUGGUUCAUUGACCGAGCUGAUCUCAUCUUCUUGGUUUUUGAUCCCACCAAACUCGAUGUGGGAGGGGAACUGGAAAUGCUUUUCAGGCAGAUGAAGGGCCGUGAGUCCCAAAUACGCAUAAUCCUCAACAAAGCUGACAGUCUCUCCACCCAGGAUUUGAUGAGGGUCUACGGAGCCCUGUUCUGGAGCAUGGCACCCCUUAUCAAUGCGACAGAACCUCCUCGUGUAUACGUGAGCUCUUUCUGGACUCAGGAAUAUGCAGUAGAUACUAGCCGGGAGCUCUUUAUGAAGGAGGAGACCUCUCUGCUGGAGGACUUGAACCAGGUGAUCGAGAACCAGAUUGAAAAUAAGAUUGCGUUCAUCCGGCAGCAUGGCAUCCGAGUCCGCAUUCACGCCCUCCUCGUUGACCGUUACCUCCAAACCUACCACGAAAAGCUGGGCUGGUUUAAUGAUCCCUUUGAGGUGUUUAAUGAUAUUGUCACUGACCCGGACAAGUACUACAUCUUCAAAUCCAUUCUGGCUAAGACCAAUGUCAGCAAAUUUGACCUGCCCAGUAAGGAGGCCUACCAGGAUUUCUUUGGAGUGAAUCCGGUGUCCAACUUCCAGCAGCUUUCAUGCCACUGCAGCUGGAUGGGUGGUUGCAUGCUGGACCGUUUAGAGAGGGCCAUUUCGUACGAGCUUCCUACUCUGCUCAGGAGUGUCAGCAAAGGGACACCCGCUCCAGCAAAACCUGCUCAGACACCUGCGACCCCACUUUCCAGCAGCUGUAAGGGGCCUGAGUGUGAGGAGAAAUCCCCAAACCGUUGGAGGAGGCACUGAGAUGGACGGUAAUGGUUGGUGGUCGCAGAGGGAGAUGGCAGCAGCCUUUUGGCUAUUCUGCGAGAAUCUUCACUGCUGUAAUUCAUAAAACUACAGAAUGAUAGAGACCAUUUGAAAGGCUCGACUAUGCCCACCUGGGUCAUGUAAAGAAAAAAAAAUACAUCUAUUUAGACCUUAUUUAUUUAAAAAAAAUUAAAGGGAUUAUCCCAAUUGUAAUACAUUAGAUAGUCUUAGAAUCAUGUUAAAUCAUAUUGAUAAAGUAUGACUAAAAAGGUGUCCACCUUAUAGUUCAUUAUUAUUGUUGAAAACCUCAACUUCUUUGUCUUCAGAUAAAACAAAAGAAAUAUUAAUUUAUAAACAUUCAUUUAUUAAAUAUAAAGGCAAUACAACAAACGUUUGUUGUUUUCAUUUACUUUUUGCACAUUAUUUAUUCACAUUCUCAAAGACAGACACCACAUGCGAAAAUUGCCACUGAUGUAAAUUCUGUACUGCAUUGAAAGACUGGAGACUGACUCAAACCUGCUCUGUUGUGUUGUUUUAAUCCACUUGUGCACCAUUGUCAUGUCCUGAAAACCACUCAGGGACUGGUACACAUGCCAAGCUUUGUGCUAACAAGACAAAAACUAAUAAAAUACAUUGAAUGACAUUUUUGCAUCGGAUGGUAAUAUUGUUCAUAUUCAUUAAGGUAUUUUCUUCAUUUGUGAAAUUCAUCCAUUUUCUGUCUGCAUUAGGUUUCCUCAUUUUAGGUCUGUGAUCAUUUUUCCAUUCGGUGACUAGUUUUCAUGAAAGAUCAAAUCUGGGCAGCACAGUGACACAACUGGUUGGAGUGUUGACCUCAAAGUUGUGAAGACCGGGAUCGAAUCCCUGCCCCACCUGUGUGGAAUUUACAUGUUCUCCCCAUGCCUGCAUGGGAUUUCCGCCCACAUCCCAAGAACAUGAAUUAAUUGAAGACUCUAAAUUGCCCCUAGGUGUGAUAGUGAAUAUGACUGUUGUCUGUCUCCACGUGCCCUGUGAUUGGCUGAUGACCAGUUCAGGGUGUACCCUGCCUCCUGCCCGAAGAUAGCUGGGAUAGGGUCCAGCACUUAGGAGGAUAACCAACUCAGAAAAUGGAUGGAUGGAUGAUCAAUUUUUUU